GUAGUGUUUUUAUUGCAAAUGUACAUACAUAUAUAUUUAAAUAUAUGUAUUUAAUUAUAACUAUAUAAUAAUGCAGCCUUUUAAACUAGUUUACAUUUAUCAAUGAUUUUCGCUCAUUGAAUACAAAAUUAACCAUUUUCAAAAGCGGUAUAAGUUUAUACUCUAAUAGCUGAUAUAUUUCUAUAUCUUAAAUAAACAAUAGUUACCUCAACUCAAUAAUACCUUUUUUAAUUUAAGCCCUCUGACACCCAUAUAUUUACUAUUUUGUUUUGUCUCCUUCUCCGUAAUCCACAAUCAGCUGAUGUUUUGACAGUUGUUAGGUUAUGUCACUGCCGAUUGCGUUUAUUGGCGAGCGUAGUUUAAUUCAUAUGAUAUUCUUAUAAAACUUUAAAAACUGGAGCUUAAAACACAAGAACUAUGAGUUUUCCCACCAAAGAGGAACGUGCACGUUGUUGGUCGUCGCGUGAUGAAUACUGGGAGUGCUUGAACGAGAACGCACCAAAACACAGUUCCACAAGUGGUGAAAAGGUGCCGGAUGUUUGUCAAAAGUUGCGAAAGGCUUUCGAAGGAUCGUGUCCUCGCCAGUGGGUGAAACAUUUUGAUCGCAAACGCACUUACGAACAGUUUAAGGAACGUAUGGAAAAGGGUUAUGAUCCACUCGAGGAAAAAAACAAAGCAGCAGCACAAAAACAGUCAUAGUUCAUAGUUAAAUUUAAUUUACGCUUGCUAAUGUUAAACCAAAUAAAUGUUCUCAAUUAAA